CAACCGCAACUCUAUAUAAAGCCCCCCUCUCUUCCAUUUUUAAUCGUCAACGUUACCCAAUACACAGAGAGAAAAGAGAGAAGCGAAAGAAAGCUUUCAGGAGUUCAACAAUGGUGACCAAAGUGUAUAUUGUGUACUACUCUAUGUAUGGACAUGUAGAGAAGCUCGCAGAAGAGAUAAAGAAAGGAGCUGCAUCUGUUGAAGGAGUUGAAGCCAAACUAUGGCAGGUUCCUGAGACACUACCAGAGGAGGUCCUUGGCAAGAUGAGUGCACCACCAAAAAGUGAUACACCAAUAAUUACACCGACUGACCUUGCUGAGGCUGAUGGAUUUGUUUUCGGCUUCCCUACAAGAUUUGGAAUGAUGGCUGCUCAAUUCAAAGCGUUUCUUGAUGCUACUGGUGGCCUAUGGAGAACACAACAGCUUGCAGGUAAACCAGCUGGGAUCUUCUAUAGCACCGGAUCUCAAGGUGGUGGACAAGAGACUACUGCGUUGACUGCAAUUACUCAGCUGGUUCAUCAUGGGAUGAUCUUUGUUCCCAUUGGAUACACUUUUGGAGCUGGGAUGUUUGAGAUGGAGAAGGUGAAAGGCGGGAGUCCCUACGGUGCAGGAACUUUCGCUGGGGACGGCUCAAGACAACCAUCUGAGCUCGAAUUGGAGCAAGCUUUCCACCAGGGGAAGUACAUUGCUGGCAUCACAAAGAAACUCAAGGAAGCAGCUUAAUAUCCAUUCCCUAUUCUGAGAUUGUUUUGCAUUCUUCCAUUUUUUCACUUCUAGAAUUUAAGUUCCGUAUUUCUAUGUGAUUGCCAAAAAAACAAAAAAAAAAAAGAAUAAUUGUUGCUGUGUUUGGCAUA